AUGCUCAAGGCCGUAUUCGUCCCUAGGCUCGCGGUGCCAGCGGAUAGUCUAGGCCAAAGGGAGGGUCUAGAACUUCAACGAUAUGGGCUUUCUGCGGAAGCGGUAACCGAAAGCCAUCGUCGCACAUGGGUUUUUGGAAUAGCGAAUGGGAGAGUGCCGGACCACAACCCAGGUUAUCGCGGGCAAAGCGACCAGAGGAAUGCUAGGUCGUGGAUGGCCCUCUUCGCUAGAACAGGAACCCGCAGAGCCGAAAAUCAAAAUCCGACACCAAUUCAAGAAGAGUCCAAGGCUGAGAACGCCAUUCGCAAAAAAGGGGAAUUUGCACCAGGCGCCGCGACCGCUGUUGUGCCACACCAGGAUCCGUGGGAAAAGCUGGGCCAGACUGCUGAGUACCGUAUUGUAGGUAUCCGAAGCGAUACGCUCUCCCUAGGGGGUUGCAGCUUCGGAGGCAGCUCCGACUCGUUCAGGGUGCAAACAUGCCAUUCUCAACAUUGUGACGACGAGAGUGGGGGGGCAGAGUAA